AUGACAAGAAGUGGCUGCUGGCCCCACAGGAUCAUGUUCUCCCUCAUACUUUCAACUUGGACACAUGUUACUUUUUCAGCACUUAUCAGAACACAUGACUUUUCUAACUGGCCCAAGCCACCAUGCAAAAUGUAUUACCCAAUAGACCCUGAGUAUGAAGCAAACUGUCCAGAUGUGAAAGCAUAUGUUUGUGCUACCAACGGUUUGACCUACAAGAAUGAGUGCUUCUUUUGCAUUGAUCGAUGGGAGUUUGGACCUCACAUCGCGUUUGUCAAAUAUGGAAAGUGUGAAUAG